AUAAAACUGUGUCACUGUCUUCACUUCACAAAGGAAACCCUUUCUGGAUAAUUUGCCAUGUCUCUGAAAAUGUUUCAAAUUCUGGUGUCUGCUCUGCUGUUUGCAGCUUCUGUUUCAGGUGUCCUUGGAGCACCUUUUCUGACAGAAGAAUCAGCAAAUCAAUUUAUACGACUUAAACGACACAUACUAUAUCCUCAGAGCUCCUGGGACCCAAGCAGCAGCCAGAAUUCAUGGGCACACUCUGUGGCUGAACAGAUUAGUCAGUCAUGGGCAGCUUUGAGAGACACAGCAAAGUACUACAUGGACUUGGACCCUCAAUCCUUCAAUCCCAUCUUUUCUAGUGACAACAUCAGAUCUUAUGUGGACCAGCUACAGAAGUCUGGAACUUACCUCCAGCAACAGACAAGGACAUGCUAUUAAAUCCUACCCAUCUUGUAUCUAUGUUAGGAUAUGGUGUGUUAUGUAUUUGACAUUAUGUAUUUGAUAAGACGACUUUAUCUCAUCCAACUGUCUAAACCCAAAAUUAAUACACUAAUUCUCUGCAUAUUUUAUACUCAGAACUAAGAUCUAACUCCUAGUAAAUUGAAUAAGAAGUUUAAGAAAAACAAUCGUGAACUUUAAGCAGAUUGAGUUAAAAAAAAAAUCCAGUGUUUUCAGGAAAAUAUUUUUUUUGACUAAACAAUUGUUCUAAAAUGUACAUUCCUGCUUCUGUGACUGAAAACCACAUUUUUACUUCUCAACACUUCCUUUAGCUACACUUCUGAGAGACAAGUAAGAAAUGAAAAUCAGUUAUUUUGGGUGGGUAAGAGAUGUAGAGCACAUGUGCUUCACGUAUAGCUCCGUACUUCAGGUGCAUUUGUGUUUUUUCAAGUACUGGGAACAAAUCAAUAGUAGGCAAUGUAGUGUACAUCUCUUCAUGUCCAUGCUUUGCUUUCAUCAUUUAAACUUCUGUACUUGGUCUUGGAUUCCCAAACCAGCUGAAUCCACAGCUACUACUGUGAGUUGGUUUUUUUCUUACUCCUUGGAGUUAGGAAUUCAUGGAAACAUUCACUACUCCUUUUCUAAAAAAAUGGUGAUGACAAAUGUUCUUUCUGCCAAGUUCUUGAGUUUGGAAGUUUCCUGGUUCCUAUUAUUGCACCUUAUUUGAGAACAUCUUUGAAGAAAGGAUUGGGGUCCCAUGUUUCUUUUGAGUGUUGUUAACAUAUUUGUAACAAUUAAAAGGCUUUUUCAAGCCUGGUCAAAAUUUCUGCAUCAACAAGGAGGACCUGUUAGGUAAAACAAGAUGUAUGGUAAACUUAUAAUAAAAAGGCAGGUGAAGGAAGGCAAUUUUUGCUCACCUUUACCUCCAAAGAGCA